UUGAAAUCGGGCUUUUACAGCAUAAUGUGGCCGAGAGCGUGGGUGUUUGUUGCCUUGGUGUGCGUGGCGGCUGCAGCUCCGUCGAACAGCACGGGCAAUGUCGAGAAACCUGGGUGGCAGCCUCGGUUCCUGGGACAGAUUCAUCUUAAGCACGCUGCCUUCAUGGAACUCUAUUUCUCCGAGGAUGAAUCUUUGGACUAUAUGGAUCGAUGGAACCUAUACAUUUCCAGCUUUGACCCUCUUUGCCAGGAAGAUGAAGUCUACCGCAUGAAGUCCCCGGGUCGUUUCCUGGAUGACAUCGCCUCGUGGAACAUCGAAGUCAUGGACCAGUCUGCCGUCUGGCCCAACAACCCAGAUUACCUGCCCAGCUCUGUAGCAGGCGCCGAGGGAGUUAUCUGGACCUCAGGCUUCCUCGUCCCUGGCAAGACCGACGGACAACUGCAGAUGUACGACACGACGAAAGACCCGGUCGAUGGUCCUUACAACAUCGCCAGGAAUGAUAAUAAUGCGUGGUCUUAUCAUCGCGUGGUUUGGAAGGACAUGGACCUUGACGGAGACCUCGACGCACUCACUGCCAGGUUCCACAAGCCUGUACUCGGUAGUACCAAGCACGACCUGGUUUGGUUUGAAAAUGAAGGAACAGGUUUUAGCAUCGGUUGGAAAGAGCACAUUGUUGCCAGCGACGGGCCAGACGUUCACUUCGAUCUGGUAACACUGAACGCUGGAGGACGCGACUAUGAUUGCAUAAUUGUGGGGGAAUUCUUCAAUCAGAGGACCUCUAUCUACUGGACGGAGAGCGAGACUAAUGACUGGAGUGACCUUACGCUUGUGAAAUCCCGCGUGAUCAACGAGAACGCAGGCCAGACCUUCGACGUCCUUGUGGAGGAUUUCAACCGAGAUGGAGUUCUGGAGUUCCUGGCAACCGAGUUCAGGACUGACCUCGGGAUUGGUCAGGUCACCGUAUAUCAGUUCCCGGAAGAUUUCAGGACGGACGACUUCCCUCAUUUCAAGAUCGCCGACAGCUUUCGCCCCAACCAGAUCCUGGCGGGACAGACCAUGUCGCCGGGAACGCCCAAGGUCUACUACCCUAACGCCGCCUACGCUGAAGAUGUAGCCGAAGACGGGAUGCCACAUAAACCGUACAUCUUGCUCUCUGGAGACGAUGAUGGCCGGAUGUACGUGUUAUACCCAAGCUCUGAGGACCGGAAUAACUGGGUGUAUCAGAAGCACAUCCUGGUGGACACCGAAGACACCACUGUUGGCAAAAUGGCCCACGGUGACCUGGACGGAGACGGUUACGAGGAAGUCAUCGUGGCCGGUUAUACGAUUGGCGAAGUCUAUGUCUUCACUUACGCUCCUUGAGAUGUCUUGGGAUGGCAUUGCUGUAUUUGGUGACGUCACUUGAUGUCUGGCUUUAAAAAAAUUUUUUUUUUUUUGCUUCUGUGACAUCAUUUUCUAUUAUUU